CGGAGGCAGGGGAGACGCUCUCAAAACGCCGCUGUAAAUAAAUACAACAUUCACUGAGGCCGGAGAAACAUGGAGAACCAGUGCACAGUGCAGGUAAAGCUGGAGUUGGGUCACAGAGCCCAGCUAAGGAAGAAAGUGACAUCAGAGGGUUUCACCCACGACUGGAUGGUGUUCGUCCGAGGACCAGAAACUGGUGACAUCCAGCAUUUUGUAGAGAAGGUUGUCUUCCGCCUGCAUGAGAGCUUCCCAAAACCCAAGAGAGUAUGCAAGGAGCCUCCAUACAAAGUGGAGGAGUCGGGCUACGCAGGCUUCCUCAUGCCUAUUGAGGUUUACUUCAAGAACAAGGAGGAGCCAAAGAAGGUGUUUUUCAACUAUGAUCUAUUCCUUAACUUAGAAGGGAAUCCCCCAGUCAACCACCUGCGCUGUGAGAAGCUCACCUUCAACAACCCCACCAAAGAAUUCAGGAGAAAGCUGAUCAAAGCUGGAGGGGUGCUAGUGGUUCCAGAGGGGGCUGAAGCUGUGUCUCGACCCAGUCCAGAUUACCCAAUGCUCCCCACCAUCCCCCUCUCUGCCUUCUCAGACCCCAAGAAGACCAAGACCUCUCAUGUGUCAAAGGAGCCCAGCAAAGAAGGGAGUGGUGGAAGCAAAGGACCGAAACCGCAUAAACUGACCAAGGAACAUCGCGAACGCCCCAGAAAAGACUCUGAGAGCAAAGCCACAACAAAAGGAGACAACGACAGAGAUGGAAGCAGCAAGAGUGGCCGGGAUCCUUCGUCUUCCUCGUCCUCAUCUUCAAAAAAGCCGCCAGAGAUCAAAGUGAAAGAUGAAGUUAAGGUCCUACCCAAGGCUGCAUUCAAGGAGCCUAAGCUCACCCUGAAGGAGUCAAAGAUGGAGGGCAUGUCCCCUAAAGGAGGGGGGGCUGGGAGCGGAGGGGGUGGUGGGGGAGGAGGUGGGGGAGGGUCGGCAGAUUCCAAAGCUCCGGGUAAACGACCCUCUGCCGUGGAAUCUCCCAAACCCAGUGCAAAAAAGCAGAAGAAGGCCAGCUCAGAGGGGCCAAAGGGGCCGACCAGUGGAGCCUUCACAGGAACGUCUCCUCGUGUCUCCUCAUCUGCAGCCAGCCAGCCCUAUCCCGACAAGAAAUCCUCCAAGGAAAAGGGUCGGUGGCCCAAAGGAAAAAACGACACACAGGAGCUGAAGGAGCCCAAGAAACUUCCAGAGUCUGAAGAGUCAAAUUCAGAAGAUGAGGCAUCUUCAAAGUCAGAGCAGUCUGCACCUUCCAGUCCUUCCAACUCCAGUUCCAGUUCUGACUCCAGUUCAGAUUCAGACUUUGAGCCAGGACAGAAACAAGGACAAGGACCCCUACGAUCCAUGGUGGAGGAGAUCCAGUCGGAAGAGUCAGAUGAUGAUGACAGCAGCUCAGAGGAGGAAACACCCAUCAAAACAAAUCCCCCCAAUCGCGACUCUAGACUCAGCCUGGACAGCGAGAGUGACAGCAGUGAUGGCUCGCACCGCCCCAGUCGAGACCCUGCCCCGCCCCCACAAAAACACAGCUCCUCCAAUAACAAAGUGUCAGGCAGAAAGAGUCCAGAUUCCUCGUUUCGUUCAGAGAAGGUGUUGAAGAAGGGAUACGACAAGGUAGGAAGGGCCUACACGGAAGAACUGGUGGACCUGCAUCGCAGACUGAUGGCUUUAAGAGAGCGUAAUGUCCUACAGCAGAUUGUUAACCUGAUUGAGGAGACGGGGCACUUUAACGUGACCAACACCACCUUUGACUUUGACCUCUUUUCACUGGACGAGUCCACUGUCCGCAAACUACAGAGCUACCUGGAGGCGACGGCCACGUGACAGGAAGUGGAAAGCGGCGUGUGGAUUGCAGCGGCGACGGAAGUACGCGUGCCAUCGCCUCUUCUCUGUUAAGGAGGUGACGAGCAGUUACAUCUGUUGCAGCCGUUUCCCAGGUCUGACUGAAACAUUGAACAACUACCACACAAGCAGAAACACACGGUCAAACACAAGCACAUAUGAAGACACCACCACCGCCGCCCUCACAUGACGCUGGGAAGGAAACGGUAGGAGGAGGCUGAGGUGUAGAAGGAGGAGCUGAUCUCCAUCUACAGAAUUUUCAUGGCACAUCUCUUUUUUUUUU